UACGCACGCUCAACCCCAAUGCCUGCCCUGUCGUCCUCUCUCCGCUCGAAGGAUGCUCUUAAGAGUUCCCCCAAAAGCAAAGUCUUUUGCGCCGAGCUUACGCAGAACCAAAAGCUGGCUUGCGGUCUUUCGUGCGCAAUGCCCAUGACGUGCUCUGCGCUAACUUUCGAGUCCGCUGCUUCCAAAGAUCCUGAUGUAUGCACGGCUUUUGCCGAGACACCCCGACAAGCCUGCGUUGGCAUUCGCGCCCGUCUAGUCGAAGCACGCAUAUACGCUACUUGCGAAACUCGGCACCCAACCCUUGCGUUCCUCCUUUCACUCUGAUUUGUCCCGCCUGCAACGCGACCCCGGGAGCCUCGUUAGCGCGCGUUCCCUCUUCCCCACUUGAGUGCCCGUCGACGUUCAACUUUCCUCCGUUGUGGAUGCAGAGGUCGGACAGUAGUCGGCCGGCAUCGGACCCAACACCAGUCCAUCCACAGCUGGCGUUCGCCACGUCCCAAACUUGGCUGCGUGUGCGUCCCGCGGGAGUGCGCGACGGUAUGGGCCCGCUUGGGGAGGAGAGGGGGUAGAGCCGCUGCGGCGGCGUCGAGCAAACAACUCGCGUUGUGGCGGCAGAAGGCCCGCGUUCGUCCUCGUCGUCGUCGUCGUCGUGGUGGUGCGGCCGGCAGCGGGCGGCCAGGCGCACCCGUGCGUGUCAGAAGCCCGCGCCGUGUGCGGCCAUGUGGAGCGCCGGUCUCGUCUCCGUCUUCUGGGCCCUGGCCAACGGCCUCGAGCUGGAGCUUGCCGAGCGCUGGUACGGAAGAUCUUGCUGCCAGCGAGCCCGACUGGAGGGAUGCCGCCGGGCAUGCCUGCAGGCACGCUCAGCGGACGACCUGGAACCGUGGUGCCGACGAAGUGACGAGCUUGACCUGCAGGUCUGCCUUGAGGGCCGUAGCGGGUUGGGCGCCCUGGAGCGUCCGGGCCGGCGCGGUCUCGAGAGCUGCUGCUCGCUGGCCGGCACGGCGGCCUGCCGUCGCCGCGCGUGCAACAGAGCGCAGAGCGAAGAGCAGCAGCAGCAGCUGAAACGCGAGAACGACAACGGCAACAGGGAGCUGCGGAGGCUGCAGCAGCACCGGCAGGAAGAGGGCCAGCCGUGCGCCGAGCCCCAAGUGGUGCGCUGCCUGCGGAACGUCACGUCGACCAAGCAGCCGAACAAGCUUCACUGCUGCUCACAAGCUCCCAGUGGACAAUGUCGCGACGCCUGCCUUCGAGUGCUGCGUCCGAAAGAGGCGGCGGUCGAUGAACCGACUCCUGAGGAAGAUGCGGUGGAUGCCCUUCUAGCAGGGGGAUGCGCCGCGCCAGGUCUGCACGAGCGCCUGUGGCAGUGUCUGCUGGGAUGGCGCAGCGGGCCGUCCUCGCAGCUGCUGCCGGCUGACGGAGCCAAGUUGCAGUGCUGCCUCAGGGCCGCCACCAUCGAGUGCCAGAGGAUGUGCCUACGGGCAUACGGCUCCGAGUGGGAGACUUCGUGGGAGACGUUCCACGGCCGCUGCCGCUACCAGCCAGCCGAAGCGGCUCUGAGGCAGUGCCUCGACGAUGUGGACGAGCCGUGCGAGCUGGGUUGCGGAGGACCGCUGAGCUUCUGCGCGGACAUGGGAGGCAGGCCAUGGUCGCUGUACCGGCGAUGCGACGCCAGCGCCGACCGCGUGGCGUGGGAGAGCGCUCGGCUCUGGAAGCGCACCGGUCCGCCGACGGCUGCGCCAUUGGGCAGCGGCGGGGGCGCCACGCGGGAGACCGCGACGACGGUGCUGGGCGACUGUCCCGCGGACGCGUGGAGGAUGCUCGCCUGCACCCUCAACCUCAGACCCUGCCACGCCACGCACCACUCGAGCACGCUCUGCAGGGCGGACUGCCUGGCACUGGCGGCUCGCUGCAAGGACGGACGGCAACUGGCGCCCCUCUGCGACUCCCUGGCGCCUCCUGGAGCCCCGUGCUACUCGAUCCUCGGGCUCGAAACGCAGCCAACAACAAAGCCCCCGGCAUCCGAGUCGGCGACGCAGCCAUGCCGAUCACGACCCUGUGGAAGCUCGUCCAUCUGCGUCGUCAACCGGCACUGUGCCCCGGGACAGUCGUGCAGCAUGUACCGGUGUUUGAAAAGUUGUCCCGUGGGCUCCGCGUCGGGGACACUGGUGCCCCAAGGCUCCCCAGCACGACUGCCACGCGUCGAGGGCGGCCGGCUCUGCUGGACUCGGUGCCGGUGCUCGGAGUCCGGUGUCCUGACCGACUGCGUGCCCACAGGCUGCGACGACGCGACGCCAAGGAAGUGUUGGCUGGCCGCACGGUCUCACUUGCCGGGAAGCCGCUUUCUGGUGCACGGCUGUCUACGCUGUCGCUGCGAGAGCACCGGGCACAUCAGCUGCACUAGGGCAGCCAACGACUGCCUUGUUCAGGAUGCGGCUUGUGGCUGCGGUCCUGAAGAUGAGGAGGGAGGCGAGGUGUGCGGCGCCGACGGACGCACUCACCGCAGCGCGUGCCUGGCCCGCUGCGCCGGCCUCGCCCAGGGUCAGUGGGAACCGGGUCGCUGCCACCAGACGGACCCGUGCGCCGGACGACCCUGCUCUGCCAGAGCUCCCGUGUGCGUGGCGCGGAGGCGUGCGUGUCUGGGCCCGUGCAGGCAGUUCAUCUGCAUCGCCAAUGCCACAGACGGCGCCAGCGGCGAAGACUGCCGCGGCAGUGGUCCGGUCUGCGACACGGAGGGUCGAGAACAUCCGAGCCUGUGCGGACUGCUGUCGAGCCGCGACGGUGACCCGAGGUCGCGGCUGGCGCACCACGGUCCCUGCGAGCAGGGGUGCCGUGCGCGGGGCCCCGUGUGCGGUCUGGACGGUGAGACGUACGCCAGCGAAUGCUCUGCCUGGGCGCAGCGGGUGCUGGUCGACUACCGCGGGCCUUGCCUGCACCGACAGGGGACCGAGGGCUGCAACCAGGUGCGCUGCCCGCUGCUGCCACCAGGCGGAUGUCAAGCGCAGCUGACGCGGCUUCCCGGCACUUGCUGCCCCCUGUGUGGUUGGGGCCUGCGGUUGGUCAUGGGGCGACACUGGCGCGACGGUGAUAGCGACCAGAAAGAAGAGCGCCCGCUGUCCGAGCUGCUGUGGUGGCUGCGCACGCAACUGUCCAGCACCCAGUGCGACCUGUUCGGCCACCUGGACCCCGCACUGCCGGAUUUCCUGGUGGUGCUCGUGGUGCCGACGUCGCGGCCCGCCUCGUGGACCCUCUGUCGCGCCGAAGCGCAGCGUCUGGACGCUAUGGUGCGCGUGCGAAGCCCGGCGCUCUUCAGCCUCCUGCCCAUGGAAGCAGUGGCCGGUUCCGCGGGACUGCUCGAUGAAAUGCCGCAACCCACGUCGUCGGCACCUGGUGCCGGAAGGCUCCUCACGCAUGCGCCGUUAUUAACGCUCCUGCUGCUGCCUUUGCUGUUAGUGACUGUUGUGUGCCCAGCGCCACUGCUCGGACCACUGCUCGCUGCAGCAGCAACGGCUGUCUUUCAACGGCAGCCGCAGGCGCCUGCCUUGCUCACCAUCUCGCUUGAGGGAAGUGUGGGCUACCGACGGACGUUAAUUGAGAAAGUGCGGUAGCAUGACUGAUCGCCGGACGAAAUGCUUGGCUGUUGAGCAACGUAAGAGUGUAAAAAGCGUAGCCUCAGCGCGCGCGGACGAGAGAACGCUUCCCACAGAUCUCAAGCCGGAGGUGCAGACUCUCGGUCUUGUCUUCACUUGAGGCUGUUCAAGUUCUUGCCUUUCCACCUCUUGCGUGAGGUUCAGGAGGGUCAAAGUGGUACACCAAAGAUAUAACUUUCCGCUGAAUGAAUCUCCGUGAGGUUACCCCCUCCCCCACCCCCCCCCCC